AUGCGCACUCCAAAGUUUUACUUCGGUGACAUCAGCAAUGAGACCAGCAACUACAUCCUCAUCACCGAACGCAUAGCUUUUGCGGAGCUGGAGGGCAGGGCGAAGGGUGACUCGCUGCGGCCGUAUGAAAUUGAAGGACCCUAUGACAAGUGCAAGGACUACGAGCUCCAUGGGUCCGGCAAGGAACACUACACACUCAUUAUGCAGAUGAGUGCCAAGCUAGCCGCAGCAGACAAGUCCUUUCGAAUGGGCAGCAAGUCCUUCCUGGCAGCGAACUUCGGCGCGCCACCGGCCAGUGCUUCGCCUGCCGAUUUCGGGGUGAACUUCUAUGGCCCCUCCGGGGACUCUGCGCAGGCAACCAUGCAAAAGCUGAAAGUUGGCAUCAAGUUCUUUUCCAAGACUGCCUCCAUGAUGUUCGCUGACUAUGUUCAAACAGAUGCCUACAUCGAGAAGUUCACGAGGACAAUGAUGACUUUCCAGGCUUAUGCCAGAGAGAUUGAUUUCUGGAAGCAUCUGAACCCGGACUUCAUUGCUCUGGGGCAUGCAAAUUUGAACGUCGACAACGCUUAUUUUUGGAGAGAUGAGCAUGGGAAGCUGGACUGCGGUGUGCUUGAUUGGGGAGGCUUCGGCUCUGCAUGCGUUGGGCACAAGCUGUAUUGGUACAUCAACUGCGCAGAGUGGGACAACAACCGUGACAAUCUCCGCUUCUACGUGGAGACCUUUGUCGAAACCUACCAUGCAGAAGGCGGUCCGAAGAUCGAUCCGGAUGUCUUGGAGACGAUGAUCAAGCUCACUGGGCUAGGCAACCUAUCGACGAUGAUCGCAGCAGUGCCUGACUGCCUGCGCCAGCUUCCCGAGAGCGAGUGGUCCAGUAUUCGCGACCGCAUGGACCCACGCAUCACGACGAACCUCCACGGCAAGAGCACACUUCGGACCACGCUGCGGGCCAUGGACAACGGCCUUCGCCUGAUCGAGGAGAUGCAGGUGGACCAGUUGCUCCAAGACUGGAUUCAAGACGUGUGGGUCGGUCAGCUGGGCUUCGAGGCCAAGACCGACGAGAUGAUCUUCUCCGGAGGUGGCUCGGAAACGGAGAUCAAGCAACUGGAAGGGAGGUGUGAAAAGGAACGGCAAAAGCCACCUCUCAGAUGGGCACCCAUCUCCAUCGACCUGGUGCUUUCCAACCACGACAAGGUGGCCCCGGGUAUGUGCUAUGGCUUGGAGUUUCCUUGGAGCGCUGAGAAGCUGAAGGAGAUGGGCCCCGCUUGGUUGACAAAGGCCUUCCAAAAAGCAGGAACCUUGGAGGCCAGCAAUCGGGUGGUACAGAUCCACAUCAACGAGACGCCGGUCACUGCAGGCAAUAAUGCUGGCAAGUUCCUUUUUGAGGUCACCUACGAGAACGAGCGUCCGGGUUUGCACACGAAGCUCUUCGCCAAGGUGCCACAUGCCAUGACGAAGGCGACCAAACAGGACCGCCUCAGCAGCUCUGUCCUCAAGCAGCCCAUGGACUACCUGGAGAUCCACACAUACCGUGUGGCAGAGACUUUCCUGCCGAUGAAGACGCCCAAGUUUUACUUUGGAGACAUCAGCAACGAGACCUCCAACUUCAUCCUCAUCACCGAGCGGAUUCCCUUUGCGGAGUUGGAAGGGAGGGAUCCGGGUCAGCCGCUGAAGCCCUUCGAGAUCGAGGGCCCCUACGACAAAUGCAAAGACUAUGAGCUGCACGGCUCUGGCAAGGAAUACUACACGCUGAUCAUGCAGAUGAGUGGAAAACUUGCUGCGGCUGGCAUAUCUGGGAAGAUGGGCUCGCGACAGUUUGUCUUGGAGAACUUCGGUGUCAUUCCUGAUGUGUCGAAGCCAGAACUGUGGGGCCUGGUUUUGGAUGGGCCUUCAGGUGGCAUGACCCAGGCAACGAUGUCCAAGCUCAAGAUCGGCAUUCAGUUCUUUUCGAAGACCGCUGCGGUACUGUUUGCGGAUUAUGUGCAGACGGACGCCUUUAUCGACAAGUUCACCAGGACCAUGAUGACCUUCGCAGCCUAUACCAAGGAGAUCGACUACUGGAAGCACCUGGACACCGCCUACAUCGCGCUGACUCACGCCAAUCUCAACGUGGAUAACGCCUACUUUUGGCGAGACGAUCAAGGUCAGUUGGAUUGUGGCGUCUUGGACUGGGGUGGCUUCGGUGCAGCCUGUGUGGGGCACAAGAUCUACUGGUACAUCAAUUGCGCCGAAUGGGAGAACAACAAGGAGAACCUCCGGUUUUAUCUGGCAACCUUCAGCAAGACCUAUCAUGAUGAGGGUGGGCCGCUGCUGGACCUUGACAAGUUGGAGAUGAUGGUGAAGCUCACGGGACUUGGAAACCUGAUGAACAUGAUUGCUGCUGUCCCAGACUGCCUUCGUCAGCUUCCUGAGAAGGAGUGGGCUGGCAUCAAGGAUCGCUUCGAUGAGAGAAUCACGCAGAACCUGCAUGGCAAAAGCACGUUGCGAACAACUCUUCGUGCCAUGGACAACGGUCUUCGAUUCAUCGAGGAGUUGGAGGUCGACAAGCUCUUGGAGCAUUGGGUGGAUGACAUUUGGGUUGGCAGCAUGGCUUACUUUGGGCCCGUGUUCGGGUGUGGGCUUCGGCUGAGUGAGAAGUUGGCUCCAGAGGAUGAAGAGGCGCCGGGGCCGAUGUUUGGCGGAGCUUGUUGUUUGGGAGUGGCCGAAGCAUCGCUAAAGGCUUUGCCAUCUUCAAAUGAGAAAAUGAGAGGCAAGCCUCGCCAGAUUCCAGUAUCAGGGCCGCCGGACAAUCUGGACAGGAAUGGACACAUGACCUGCGAGGUGGCACCGCCCUCCUUUGCCGUACCCCCAGAGCCUUCCGGCGACGACGUGGAGCCGUUCGCUGGCACCGAAACGGGCACAGAUUUUGGUGGUUCGCCGAACUUUGUGGGGAGUGUCACGGCCAAGUCUGGUGGGAUCUGGGAUGCGGAGCAGACCGAUCAGAGCGUAGCCCCUGGCGAGAUGGGCGAGGCAGUUGAAAGCAUCGACAACGAUGGAAUGCUGCAUGCCCAGGCCUUCCUCCGCGCGGGCCUUGGAAUCGUGGAGCCAAAGGAGCUGAGAACGCACGAAAGUUUUACCAUGUUUUUCCCAAAUGAGGCCAGCUCAGUGGUAUCGCAAGAGGUCGUUGGCGAAGCUGCAAUCUAUGGCCUCCUUCUGAUGUGCAUGAAGUCCAAUGUGCUCCUGGGAUACUGCAUGAUGCCCACAUGCGCUGAAGUCGUGAUUUGGCCGGGACUAAGCUCCUUCGGCCAAGCCUACCGCUUUGCAUCACAUCGGUGUGGUGGGGCACUCGCAGCAAAUGGGCAGGCGGCAGCACACUUCAUCUCGGAAGUUGGGCAAAUUUCCAACCGUAAGCUCUUCUUCAAUGGUGACUUCUGCGCAUGUCAGAAUCUGAAGACGAAUGCCUUGUGUAAGAAUGCCAAACAGAUCAGCGCCUCUGAAAAGUCGGUCGACCCAGACAAGACAGAUGCCCAAGGACAGUCUGCCAAGCCACUUUACACUUUCUCCCGCUGCCGCAGAGCGAUGACCAUGCCUCUCUAUGCCGCUAGGCACUUCGAACAUUUGUCGAGAAUUCAGUGCACAUCCCAAGCUGUGAGCGCGAUGGCAGCAAAGCGCCGGCGCACGGCCGGGGACACAGCGGCGACCAGUACGCGGCAUCUCCAGGCCAUUGUUUGUAUUCAUCGUAGGUUGGUUGAGAAAGCCAGCCUUUGGCAGAUGAACACCUACGAAAUAGUCGGUUGGUCUACUUACUCCACAAAGGCUGCGGAAGUCGGCACGGAGCUCGUAGCGGCACAAAGCGUGGUGGAGGUCAUCUCCACAUCCGCACUGCCACAGUAUGCCUACCCCUAUGCGCAACCAUUGCAGACAAGCUCCCAAAGCACAGCCUUCAUGGUGGACUUUGGCGAGGAUCUGGGGCAGGUGCUUCUUUGCACUCAUCACGCUGUGCAGAAUGCCAGCUGCGUCCAGGUCAAGAGAAGGGAUCAUGAUCGUCGGUACGAUGCACAAGUGAUCGUGACUGGCUUCGAGUGCGAUUUGGCGUUGCUCAAGGUCCAGGCCAAGGACUUCUGGAAGAGCUUGGUGCCGUUGGAGCUGGACAUGGCUUUACCCCCGUUGCUUGCCCCCGUCACGGUGCUGGGCUUCGCGCAGGGUGGGCAGAAUCUUUGCACCACGCAAGGAGUUGUUUCCCGUCUUGACGUGAUGUCCUACACAGGGUGCUACGUGAAGCUCCCUGUGCUCCAAAUCGAUGCUGCCAUCAACUCCGGAAGCAGCGGCGGCCCGGCCCUGUCCGGAGGGCGGGUACUGGGGGCAGCCUUCUCUGCUUUGAAUGCCACACAGGCGCAAAAUGUUGGCUAUCUGGUGCCGAGCAAAGUCGUUGCCCGCUUUGUGCGGGAUUUCCGUGCACGAGGUCACUACACGCAGUUCUGCUUUCCACCCUUCACCUGGCAGUCGCUUCUCACAGAGGACGCCAGGAAGUAUUACCAGGUUCAGGAAAGGCGCUGCGGGGUACGAAUCUCGCACAUUCACGCCUCCGCUGUCGGGAAGCUUAAGCCAGACGAUGUUUUGCUGUCAAUUGACGGCCAGACUGUGGGACACGACGGCAAGGUGCCUAUGGACACCUGCCACACACGAGUCUCCCUUUGGGUGCUUUUCGCCGAGAAGCUCACCUCGGAGUAUUGCACUAUCCGCAUCCUGCGCCAAAAUAGAGAGCAGGACCUGAAGCUGCGGUUGAAGCCAUACCGGCCCAUCAUCCCAGAAGAUCCAUACUGCCGAGGCGCACAGGACUACUUCAUCGUGGCCGGGCUGGUGUUCCAGCCGGUCAGCGGUAUGUACCUCCGUGACUUGAUCAACAUCGGGGAGGAAGCCUCAAUGCGCUCGAUGUGCGAAAGGAUGAACAGCUUGAAGGACUACAGCUGGUGCAAAGAGGAGCAGGCAGAUGGAAGCAAUCGCUUCAUUAUCCUGGGCGAUGUGCUGCAGCAUCCUGUAAACGUCGGCGUGUCCUACUACCAGAUACUGCGAACGUUCAACGGGCAACCCGUUCGUGGACUCCAGGGUCUUGCGAAAGCCGUGGACAAGUGCAAGAAGGCCUGGAUGAGAUUCGAAUUCUUGGACGACGUUGUUUGCGUUAUGUCUGCAAAGCAGGGCCAUGCAGCGACCAAAGAGGUCAUGAAGCAGUUUGGCUUAACCACUGACCGCCGCCUUACUUGA